GUAUCGCUUCAACCCGUAGAAUAUUAUAAUAAGUUGCCUUCGGAACCCAAUGUUGAACAAGUUAUAGUUUUAGAACCAUUGAUAGCUACAGGAGGAACUGCUGUUGCUGCAACCAGUAUUCUUAAAGAUUGGGGCAUUAAAUCAAAAAUUAAAUUUAUUACUGUAUGCGCAUCACGUCAGGAUUUUAUAAAAGAGUAUAUGUUCAAAAAUUAUAUUUUGAUUGACUAUUCAAUUGUCUUGUUGGAAUUUGUAGGCGAUGCUGGAGAUAGAUUAUAUGAUACUCCACAUGUGUGA